UACUGUUGUAGCCUGUACUGUAUAAAGCACAAUUGGGUGACAGGAUACAGUUGUCAGCACAAGAGCCAGAUGCACUGGAAGACAUACGCAUACAGCACAGGGAGCCCAGAACCUGUCCUAGGACAAGGCUGCUUCAUAAAUACAAUUCACGAGAGAGAUUCAUCAAGAAGAAAACUUGCCUGAAACACUUUAAAGUUUACAGUGACAAGUGGAGACCAAUUUCAGGACACAGAAAGAAAACAGAUUCAGCAUACGCCACGGGGCAGAGAUGUGUGCCACUCGUGUCCCCUUGCGAAGGAGAGCAAGCACACCCUUGCCUUGUGCACACCAGAACCGCUCACAGAACACUCAUUUCGUAAUGGAGGUGCCCACACCCCUGCAGCCCACACUUGAGCCUCAUGGUAGUGAAUCACUGGAGUCAGCAGGCUCAGAUGGAACAUCUGAGGGCUUCUUCAGGGUUGUCCUGCUCGGAGAUCCUGGGGUUGGGAAGUCCAGUCUGAUUGGUAUAUUCAGAAGAGAACAAGACAGAGAUACACAAGAACAACAAGAGCUGUACCAGUGCACACUAACGGUAGAUGGUGAGGAUACCAAUCUGCUUCUAAUGGACAUCUGUGAGGUUCAGAAGCCAUUUGCUGGAAUGGAGAGCGCCAUGCGUGUGGGGCAUGCAUAUAUCAUUGUCUAUUCAAUCACAGACCGCUCCAGCUUUGAAAGUGCCUCAGAGUUAAGAAUCCAGCUCAGACGCACACGUCAGUAUGAAAAUAUUCCAAUAAUCCUGGUAGGGAAUAAGACAGACCUCGUUCGCAGCCGAGAAGUGUCUGUGGAAGAGGGUCGUGCUUGUGCUGUGGUGUUUGACUGUAAAUUCAUAGAGACAUCAGCUUCCCUACAGCACAAUGUCCAAGAGCUGUUUGAGGGGAUGGUGCGGCAGAUCCGGCUUAGAAGAGAUGGAGCUGAUACAUCUGAAAGCUGUCGGGUGCGGAGUCAGCGCAAGGAAAGCCUUAGCAAGCGGGCACGCAGGUUUCUGGACCGGCUCGUAACCCGAAACAGCAAGACCGUUCUGAGAGUACAUUCACGCUCAUGUCACGACCUGUCCGUACUCUGAAUGAUCGAUUUAUGGUUAUUGAGGACCUGCAAACUCAGAGCAUGACAAAGUUCACAGGCCACAGUAUUCCUUCUCUGGCCGAGAAUGAAGUAGUGUACAGCGUGAUUCACUUACAGGGAUGUUUAACAGGGAAAUGGAUAUCCUGCAGGAGCAAUCCCACAAAGACUGACAAUCAUUCAUCAGUACAACCAAAAUAAAUAACUGCUUUCACUUGGACAAUUUAAUGGAUGUAAAUUCAUUUUUGUGACUGUCCUGUUGCUCUUCUGUUGCACAUUUCACUUUUUUUCUUUAUUGCACUAUUGUAACGUGAUUAAUAGGAACACUUAUUGGAGACAGAAACCAUUUUUUUUUCUACGUAACUAUCUUCAAGACAAUCGUACACCCGGACUACAUCUCAGGAUCUACUUUUGUAAUUAGAAACAGUUUUCACUUAAAUACUGUACUUAAAGAAAAGUGCAGGAAUCUGUCUCUUCUUACCAGUGCCCUGUGUCUCUUCCUACCAUUCUUCCAUCUUUCUCUCUCCCUCUCUCCCUCCUCUCUCUCCUUUUAGGAUUUCAUGGAAUUUCACCCAGCUCCCUCUAAUCCAACGCUGACCAAACAGUGGAAAAAUUGAGCUCAAUGUUUAUGAAGCGAGCCCAAGAGAGAGACUGUAUGGAUAGACAGGGGAGAGAGAGGAGGGAGGAGAAUGAAUUGCUUAUACACUGUAAAGUUCAGUACAGUGAAGAGGAUAUUUCCCGUUUACUGAGGGUGUGAAAUGUAUUACUCAGGUGAGGAGCUCUGUGAUGCAGUGAGUGGUGUGCAAGUAAUGAUCUCAGAGAACAGGCUGGCAUCAGUGGUCUGUGUUCAAUAAAUGCAGGGACAGUAUCCCCCAGGGGCGGAUUGGCCAUAGGGAUCACCAGGAAGAAUCCUGGUAGACCGAUGUCUGUAAGGCCCUGUUUUGUGUGUUGUCAUGUGGCCCUACCCCUCAAAUGACAGGCAGCCCACCGCACUCAGUACACUGCAUUGUCCCCGUUCAUUCUGUUAUUCAAUCUCUGCAGUACAGCAACUCUGCCAUCCAGUGAUGCUGCCAUGGCUACAUGGUAUGUUAUACCUCUUGUGCUGCCCAUGUCGGGGCACUUCUACAAAGUUUUACAGGGACAUUUUUAGUUCCCAAUCUGCCCCUGGUCUCAGAGAAAGUUUGUAAUUGCAUACAAUCAGGCCCUAUGAGGAGGGAACCCGCUCCCUCAACAGACCCCACCCCCUCAUCAGACCGCACCCCCAUUAGGGCUGCUUUAAUAAAUUUCCCGGGCUGGUUUUCCAUCCCAAUCCGCCCCUGGUAUCCUCUGAACAAACAUUGGAAAACAGUAGCCUUGGCUCUGUCAUGGUGGCAGUUCAGUAUUCUGAGGCUUGCUUUUAGUAACCAAUAGACUGGGGUUAGCAUUCUAAAAUAAUGGUUGCUACUGUAUAUGCAUAUAACAGAUUGGAAAUCAGUGUUCUACAAGUUGGAGAACAUUGGAGCUAAGUACUGUAUUAUAAGGGGUACUUCCAACAGACAGUUUGGAGCUCACAAAUUUGCAAUGAAGUAUGUUUCCAGCAUCCUGGAUGGAGCGGUGUUACAUGCACCUAGUAGUUUGGGGUUUAGCAUCCUAGAAGGAGGGGUAAAACAGGCAUUUAUUAGAUGCAGAUUUGGUCUUCUGAAAAGGGGUAGCGUUUCUUUGUGCCCGGUGUGACUUCUAUAUGGGAAUCUGGGCUCACAUCAGUAGUGGGGUUUCCAGACUCAUAUUGUAAUUCUGUACAUCUUAUUGUUCUGCUCAUGAUGGUAUGUGAGUUCCGUUCUUCAACCUGAUUAAAGUCUUUCUCCACAUUGAUGUGUGCUUUGUACAUGGCACUUUCAGCCACUCAUUGCUUUUUAUGCCUGGCAGACAGAUAUUGUUUUACAUGGGGGGUACGAUGGACAGUACAGAGAGAUUCUUAAAAGGUUGGAUUUACUUGAAAAGUUAGAAUUCUUUGUUGAGCGAAAAGUAAUUCAUACAUACAUGUUUAAAUUAAUGUAUAUAAAAUGUUUGUACCUAUAUUAUAAAUGGGCAGCAGUUCUUAAAAGAGAGGGCUAUUAUAUUGGUCUGUAUGCAAGGGCCUACAGAAACAUUCCCUGCUCUUUAUACAGAGGAUACUAUCCAAUUACUUGAGUGGAUGGAUAAACGCAGAAGUAUGCAACCUGUGUCUGUCCAGUUGUGGUGGAACUACAAAUAACAGUAUGCCAUGUCAAUGCAUGUUCAUAUCACAUUCUGGAAACAUCUCUCAAUUCAUCAUGGACACCCACCAGCUGUACAUGGAGCAAAGAUAUAAGGUUCACAAAUGAUUCUGCAUAUUGGAUAGUGGUUAAACUGUCCAUUGUUCAAAGUAUUGAAUACGGUUUCCAAUUUCUCUUGAAACCCCACCAAA